GGUCCAAGGAGUAAUGUGCAUGAGAGGAGGGAGUGGGAACUGAUGGUCCUAAGGCCCUGUUACUGGAGGCUUAAGUGAGAAGAGUGAGCCCAGGUUUAUUCUAGGCAGCAUGAUCUGGUGUACCCCAGGGGAGAUGACUAUCAGGAGAGGAGGUAGGCCUUGGUGUGCCAGGCUCAGAGCUUAAAUGGCAUCUGUCUCCCAACCUGCUUGUUGUUGCUAUGGGCUGACACAGUGAUCACUGGGGUAAUCAGGAGAAAGCAAGGACCAAUGGUACUAGUGCCUGGUAUCUCCUCUGACUUGGGACCUGGGGAAGUGGGUGAGCAGGAUGUUGUUGUGGGUGGAUAGUGUGGGCAUACUCAGUCAAGAGACUUUUCCUGGACCUUGCUAGCCAUGUCAUUGCAGGGCUGUGUGAUUUCUGAGGAUGUGUUUGUGUACUUCUCCUGGGAAGAAUGGAUUCUCCUUGAUGAUGCUCAGAGACUCCUGUACCGGGAUGUGAUGCUGGAGAACUUUGCACUUUUAACCUCACUGGGAAUCGCAUCCUCCAGAUCACACUUAGUUACACAACUGGAGCAGGGGGAAGAGCCCUGGAUGCCUGACCAGGUGGCUGUGACUCCAGCCACAGAAAGAGAGGCUCAAAAGGGACCUGGACCUGGUUGUUGGUGUGGAGUGGAGAAUGAGGAUGCAUCCUCUGAGCAGAGUGUUUCUUUAGAACGAGUGUCACAAGUGAGGACGCCUAUGGUAGUUCUAAAGACCCACCCGUGUGACAUGUCUGGCCCAAUGUUGAAAGACAUCUUACAUCUGACUGAAUACCAGCAGGGAGAAGCCAAGGAGAAACCACACACGUGUGGGGCAUGUGGGAAGCAAUUCUGCUUCAGUGCAAACCUUCACCAGCACCAGAAGCAGCACAGUGGAGAGAAACCCUUCAGAAGGGACAAGGGCAGGGACCCUGUGAAAAGCUGCAGAAUCUGUGUGUCAGAGAAUCCCGACACCUAUGUUGAGGGCAGAAUGUACUUUCCAGCUACCUCUGGCCUUCUUCAGCACCAGGUCCACCACAUCAGGAUGAAGCCCCAUAAGAGCACUGAGCUUGGGGGAGCCCUUCACAUGGGACAGAGGCAUCACAAGUGCAACGAAUGUGGGAAAGUGUUCACCCGCAAAGACACUCUUACUCGGCAUCAAAGAAUCCACACUGGAGAAAGGCCUUAUGAGUGCAGCCAAUGUGGGAAAUUGUUUAGCCAAAGCUGUGACCUUUUUAAACACCACACAAUCCACACUGGAGAAAGGCCUUAUGAGUGCAGCGAAUGUGGGAAAUUCUUUAGACAAAUCUCUGGCCUUAUUGAACACAGGCGAGUUCACACAGGUGAAAGGCUCUAUCAAUGCAGUAAUUGUGGAAAAUUCUUUAGCAGUAAGUCUAACCUCAUUAGACACCAGGAGGUUCACACAGGAGCAAGGCCUUAUGUGUGCAGUGAGUGUGGGAAAGAGUUCAACCGCAAACACACACUUGUCCUGCACCAGAGAACUCACACUGGAGAAAAGCCUUAUGAGUGCAGUGAAUGUGGGAAAGCCUUUAGCCAGAGCUCCCACCUUAAUGUACAUUGGAGAAUCCAUAGCAGUGACUAUGAGUGCAGCAGAUGUGGGAAAGCCUUUAGCUGCAUCUCUAAACUCAUUCAGCACCAAAAAGUUCACUCUGGAGAAAAGCCUUAUGAGUGCAGCAAAUGUGGGAAAGCCUUUACCCAAAGGCCAAAUCUUAUCCGGCACUGGAAAGUGCAUACUGGAGAACAGCCUUAUAUGUGCAGUGAUUGUGGGAAAGAGUUCAACCGCAAACACACACUUGUUCUCCACCAGAAGAUUCACACUGGAGAAAAGCCUUCAGACUACAGGCAAUGUGGGAAAUCCUUUAGCCAACGCUCCUAACUUACUGUGCAUUUGAGAAUUCCUAGCAGUGACUUUGAAUGCAGCAGACAUAGGAAAGCCUUUAUGUAAAGACCAAACCUUAUUCAGCACUGGAAAGUCCACACUGGACAAAGGCCUUAGCAGUACAGAGAAUGUGCUGUCUCCUUGUUCAACCUAACACCUCUCCCCAGAGGGAAGCUCUGAGAGUAGGCAUUUUGAGGGAGCCAUCGUUCAGAAAUG